AUGCGCCUUCCGCCGCGGGGGGCCCUGAAAGAAAGGGUCCUUGGAAAGCGGCUCUUGGGGAGCAUAAUAGACACGGUCGGUAACGUUGUCGGGACCACAGUCGACACAAUCACCGACCUCUCAUGCAAAGCACUGCCCAACGCACCGGGCUGUUCGAACCCACAACCCGCUCCUGCUCCCUCCCCUUCUCCGGCCCCGGCUCCGGCUCCUGUUCCUUCCCUGGAUCCCGUCGCACCAACGCCGUCCCCGCCUGCUCCGACGCCAACGCCGGUGAAUAACCCUCCAGCACAGCAGCCCCCGGCACAGCAGCCUCCGCAGCCGACCAGCGGAGCGGACAACCCGAGCCCGCCUGCCGCUCAACAACCCCCACCUGCGGCGGACCCGGGGUCCAGCGGCUCGGGAGGCUCUGGAGGCUCGGGAUCGUCAGGCUCCGGCUCGUCAAACACCGGGUCCUCUAACGCCGGGUCCUCUAACACCGGCUCUUCGAACCAAGGUUCGUCCAACACGGGCUCCGGGUCCUCGAGCUCCGAUGCGGGGACUUCAGGAUCCACCCCUGGAACCUCUGGCUCGUCUGGCUCAAGUUCGGGUUCCACGACGGACUCGGGCUCAGGGUCCGGCGGCAAUGGCAACGGGGCGGAGGCCGUGACGGCAGCCAAUAGCAUGGUUCAGGCUUCUGGUAGCGCUACGACAGAUGGCAGUGGAAACGGGAGUGGUUCUGGAAGCGGGAGCGGCGGCUCACAGGGUGGUGGGGAUGCGUCGUCCAGUGCACAAGCACAGGGUAACGGCGGGUCGCAAUCGUCAUCGGGGGCUGGGUCCAACUCUGGCGUAUCUGAUGGUGCGGAUGAUACGGUCGUGACGGUGAUAAAGGGGACGUCGAAUGGUCCGACUACCGAGACUGGAUCGGCGGCCGGAAUUCCAAGCUCAGCCUCGUCCACCAGCAGCGGCUUUUCCGCACCUGACUUUGACGGGCUAGGGGGUGGUUCGGGAGCCUCGUCUUCGGGUAGCGGUUCGAGCAGCAGCAGCAGCAGUACUGUUAGAGCCGGAGAGUCCUCGACAGGCGAGGGAAACAGUGGGGGUAGCGGGUCUGGAAGCGGCACCUCGAACGGGGAGUCACAGUCGAAUUCUCUACCGGCGAUCAUUGGCGGUGUUGUUGCUGCCUUGGUCAUUCUCUUCCUGCUCCUCGCUCUACUGCUCUACAAGUACCGACGCACGCGUCGCGUCCAGUCCUUCUUGACCAGGUUCACCCCUUUUAAGAUCGCGCCAUACACCGAUCUCGAGAGGAAACGGUCAUCCAUGGGCGCGGGCCUUCUCUUUACGGACGGCAGUCACGGAGACGCGCUGAUGAAUGAAAAGCGAAGCACUCUCGGCUACGGCACGAUCUUGCCCGCGCCAGUGACACAUCCCGACCCGACUGCUGCCCGCCCAGAGAGGGCCGACGCCCCUCCACUCAUUGAUACCACCAUACCCUCCAGACGACCCGGAAGCCCUGCCAGUCCCUUCGACAUAUCUCCCCUGUCUGCAGACUUCCCGCAGAGCCCGCCCCCAACGGUACCUCGCCGCUCGAGCCAGGACUCCCUUGGCGGGAUUAGCGUUGCUAGUAGCGGAGUAUUCUCACCUUCUCUCCUUUCGUGGCCCAUGCCGCCGUCCACGGCACCGAGCGUCGGGACCUCCCCGCCUCAGACAUCCCAUGACAAUAUGCCGGAGCUGGCGGCUCGCUGGAGGCCUAUGACACCGACUAAGGCCUCGGCGCCACCUAAACCGCCAACGAGUCCGGUGAGCCCGUCGAGCUGGAAGAAGCCGGCGAACUGGGAGUGA